UUCACACACUCACCUGUAGACAAAAACAAACUCAUCGAAACGGUUAUCUAAAAACUCUUUUAACUCUUAAGUUUUUGCUUCCAGUUUUACGUACCAUGGAUUACAGAUCAUCAAUGGAGUCGUCGGAAACCCUAAGGAACAAGUGUGCCGCUUGUUAUAGGCAAUUCAACAAAAUAGAACAUUUAGUGGAACACAUGAAGAUCUCUUAUCAUUCGGGUCAUGAACCUACUUGUGGCGUUUGCAAGAAACAUUGCCGAUCUUUUGAGUCCCUCCGGGAACAUCUCAUAGGGCCGUUGCCAAAACAAGAAUGCAAGAACAUUUUCAGCCUUCGCGGAUGCAGAUUUUGCAUGACGAUCCUCGAAAGCCCGAAUGCUCGUAGGAUCCAUCAAGAGAGAUGCCAAUUUUCGAGCGUGAACUCUGGACUGACGACUCGCAUGGCGGCUUUAGGUCUAAGAGAUAAGGCCAUGAUCGACUACACGUCAUCGCGGUCUCCACGAGUUGUUGCACUCUCUUGCAAGAUGGUAGGAGGAGGAAGCGACGGGUCGUUGGAUCUGUGUGCGAGGGUUUGCAUAACGGAUGAGAGUGACAACGUUGUGUUCCACACGUAUGUGAAACCUUCGAUGGCCGUAGCAAGCUAUAGGUACGAGACGACGGGGAUUCGUCCGGAGAAUCUAAGGGACGCAAUGCCGUUGAAACAAGUACAAAGAAAGAUUCAAGAGUUUCUUUGUAAUGGAGAACCCAUGUGGAAGAUUCGUCCAAGAGGUGGAAAAGCGAGGAUUCUCGUGGGACAUGGCCUCGAUCACGAUCUUGACUGCCUUCAACUUGAAUAUCCUUCUUCCAUGAUAAGGGAUACUGCGAAAUAUCCACCGUUGAUGAAAACAAGCAAGCUGAGCAACUCUCUCAAGUACUUAACCCAAGCCUAUCUCGGGUAUGAUGUUCAUUUUGGGAUACAAGACCCGUAUGAAGAUUGUGUAGCGACGAUGAGGCUUUACACGAGAAUGAGAUAUCAGAAACACAAAAUUGAAGCUUACCCUUUAGCCGCGGAUGCGCAGAACCGUAGCAACCAGGUGGUUUGGAGGCAGAGCGAGGUCGAGAGGAUGUCUCCUGAUGAAAUGCUCUCCAUCUCUCGUUCUGACUAUUACUGCUGGUGCUUGGACUCCCUCGCUUAAUUUCUAAACCUCAAAAUUAUUAAUUCAUAAAAGUUUUCCAGAGAUUUUUAAUUUAGUAACGUAACGUUGAAUAAGCAUUGGUUAUGAUUCUGUAGUAGUAUCUAAAUUUUAGAGUGUGUGUUGUUGUGUGAGAUGCAUAGAUUGUUAUUGUACUUUUUAAUAAUGCAUUGAUAUCAAU